AUGACCAGAAUAGCUAAUUCAACUCUAAAUUUGCCUCCAGGACCAUGGAGGCUUCCUGUCAUAGGAAAUCUGAACCUUCUUAUCGAUUCUCUACCGCAUCGUCGCCUAAGAGAGUUAGCCAAAGAAUAUGGACCCCUUAUGCAUCAACAGCUCGGAGCACUUUCUAAUGUCGUUUCUUCGCCUGAGAUUAUGCGAGAAAUUAUGAAAAGACAUGAUGUUAACUUUUCUCAAAGGCAAUUUCUUGUUGCCGCAAGUAUCUGUGGUUCUGUAGACAUCGCAUUUGCGCCUUACGGAGACUAUAAGUGGAGAGGCGUUGGGCUAAUUUGCGAGCAAGAAUUGAUGAGUCCCGGGCGCGUUCAAUCCUUCAAGGCAAUCAGGGAAGAAGAGGUAUCCAGUUUACUUGGGUAUUUGUAUUCAAGCGCAGGCUCGCCAAUCAAUCUCAGGGAGAAAAUAUUUUCCUUCACUUAUGCCAUCACAGCAAAGGCGGCUUUUGGUAAGAGAUGCGAAGAUCAAGAGGCGUUCGUGUCAUCGGUCGAGGAAGGUAUCGAGUUUGCCGGAGGUUUUAGUGUUUCUGAGGUGUUCCCUUCCCAAAAAUGGCUUCAUUGGAUAAGUGGCGUGGGACCUAAGCUCGAGAAAAUCUUCAAUAAAACCGAUGAAAUACUUGAAAGAAUUGUUGAAGAAUGUUGA